AAAAUUUUUCAUACAACACCUUUUAAGUUCUGAAGUAUACUUUAUACAUUUUCAUAAUAACAUAACAACCUAGACGUAUUAUUCUUGAUUCAUAUGUAGUAAAAAAAGAGACACACAUGCGCGCGAGAAUACAUUGCACCUUAUAGGGUUGUGAUAAUAUUAUAGAUUCAAGAGUUGUCUACUAUGACAAAAGAAGAAUUUAGUCUAGACUGGAAGACUGAAUCAGGUGUCUGUGGCAAUUGGAAAAGUAAGGGAUGUUCAAUAGGGAAUACUAGUACACCGCAUACACCAGUCGAAACAGCGGCAGUGGCACUUGAGGAGUUGCAGCCUUCAUCCUCUUUGGUAUACCCAGACCCGCCAGAAGUACCAGAAGAGGAAGCUAUUCACGAAGGGGAAAAAACAAAAUGUGACAUUUGUCACAGAAUGUCCGCUUCUAAUAAAAAAAAAAGACCUGUGGCUCAAUUGCGAGUACAGGAAGAAAUGUGAUUUUUGGGUCCAUACGCUGUGUGUUGGUAUUGUUGCUAAGACUGAAAGUGAUUUGGAAGACAUCAAAUUUUUCUGCCCUACACACAUUAAAUCGUACAUGAAAUAAAUUUCUAAUAUUAUGAUAAAAUAAAACAAUUUUGUA